AUGGUUGUGACACACCACAGACCAAAGACCAGCGGCGUGAGUAACGAGGAGCUUCGUCAGAUGAUCCACGAUGAGGUGGUUACGGUUAUCCGCGCAGAGAUACCAGAUAUGUUUGGGUCUAUCAAGACCACUCUGAUUGAGAUGUUCGAUGAGAGAUACGCAGCGGUUACUGAGGUUGUGGCUGCUGCAGCGACUACAUCUAAUUUUGAUGGAGAGGUGGUUGCAUCAGCUUCAUUUGCUGAAGCAAUAUGGUUUUACCCCUCAGAGGCAGUAGCAAUUAAGGCUGCCUUAACAUAUGCAGGAAUGUUCCAAACUUUUGCACACAACAAGUUUCAGCCAACUGAAUACAUCUCUUUCUCUGAUAACAUGGUUAGUCCUAAUUUUCCACCCAUGAGGAGCAAUAAUAUUAGUGAGGCAGAGAAACUUAUUUCUCAAGGAAAAGUUGCUCUUGUCUUUGUGGACCCCAUAUAUUGCAAUGGAGAGAUAUGCAACUUUAAACAAGAGCAGCUGCAGUCUUUGAGGACUGCUUGUGACAAAGCAGGAUUUGAAUCUGGGCUUGGUGUAACUGGGCGGCUUUGGGCCCACGAAGUGUUGGGUGUAAAGCCGGAUCUAAGGAUGGUUAAAUUUGGAAGUUUGGCCAUACAUGGUGUCUUGGUGAAUGAAAAAAUGAAAGCCCACAUAUGCAAAUUCGAGGAGGAUUAUAUCCCGGAUGAAUGCAGUGGAGUUUUAGAAUGUCAUGUAAGAGAAAUACGAGCAUCCGGGCCUCUAGCUGCAGUGGAGCUAGAUGUUGAAGCGCAACAUGUUGUUGAUAAAUGCAAGGAGAAUGGUGUUCUUAUAAUAUCAGCAGUUGGCAAAGAAAACAAUAUCAUCCAAAUCAAGCUUUCAUCAGGCAUUGUUGUCCACGAUAUGGCAAUUAUCGUUGAUAUCCUUCAGGAAUGCCUCAAGGAUCUUGAUUAG